AUGAUUGCCUCGAAGCCCAUCGUUCUCUACGGCCACAGUUACACCCCCAACCCGUCAAAGGUGGUCAUGAUCCUCGAGGAGCUCAAGAUCCCAUACGAACAUAUCAUCAUCGACCUCGCCGUCGUCAAGGAAGAACCCUACCUCUCCAUCAACCCAAACGGCCGCCUCCCGGCCAUCAAAGACCCCAACACGGGCAUCACGCUCUGGGAGUCAGGCGCCAUUGUCGAGUACCUCGUCGAAACGUACGACGACGCCGGCGCGCUGUCCCUCGCGUCGCGAGAGGACAAGUUCCUCUUGAAGCAGUGGUUGCAUUUCCAGGUGUCGGGACAGGGCCCGUACUUUGGCCAGCUCGGCUGGUUCAAGCUUUUCCACCCCGAAGACGUCCCCAGCGCAAAGGAGCGGUACGAAGAGCAGACCGUCCGUGUCUUCUCCGUCCUCGAUCGCGCUCUCAAGGGGAAGAAGUAUCUCGUCGGAGACAAAGCGACCUACGCCGACAUCUCCUUCAUGCCGUGGGACUACCUCGCCAGAAAACUCAUCGGCGAAGGGUGGACCGAUAAGUGGGAGGUCGACACCAAGUAUCCCGACUACGCCGCCUGGGCCGAGAGAAUCCGCGCCCGGCCCGUGGUGAAGAAUGUGCUGGAGACUAUGGGAAAACAGAGGGCUGCUGAGGAGGAGCAGGCUAAAGCUCAGGAGUGA